AUGGGUAAAACUCAGAAAAAGAAUAGUAAAGGUCGUUUAGACAAGUACUAUUACCUUGCUAAGGAAAAAGGUUAUCGUGCUCGUUCAUCUUUCAAAGUUAUUCAAAUUAAUGAGAAGUAUGGUCAUUUUCUAGAGAAAUCUAAGGUUGUUAUUGAUUUAUGUGCUGCUCCAGGUUCCUGGUGUCAAGUUGCUUCCAAGUUAUGUCCGGUGAACUCUUUGAUUAUUGGUGUUGAUAUUGUUCCAAUGAAGCCUAUGCCAAAUGUCAUUACAUUUCAAAGUGAUAUUACCACCGAAGAUUGUAGAUCUAAAUUGAGAGGUUAUAUGAAGACUUGGAAGGCUGAUACUGUUUUGCACGAUGGUGCUCCUAAUGUCGGUUUGGGUUGGGUUCAAGAUGCUUUCACUCAAUCUCAAUUAACUUUGCAGGCUUUAAAAUUAGCCGUUGAAAAUUUAGUUGUUGGUGGUACUUUUGUCACUAAGAUUUUCAGAUCUAAAGAUUAUAAUAAGUUGAUUUGGGUUUUCCAACAGUUGUUCGAUAAAGUCGAAGCCACUAAACCACCUGCUUCGAGAAACGUCUCUGCAGAAAUUUUUGUCGUUUGUAAGAACUUUAAAGCUCCAAAAAGAUUAGAUCCAAGAUUAUUAGACCCUAAAGAAGUUUUCGAAGAAUUACCAGAUGGUCCUCAAAAUAUGGAAUCUAAAAUUUACAAUCCAGAAAAGAAAGUUAGAAAAAGACAAGGUUACGAAGAAGGUGAUCAUUUGUUAUACCACGAAACUCCAAUUAUGGAAUUCGUUAAAACUGAAGACCCUAUCACUAUGUUAGGUGAAAUGAAUAAGUUCAUUAUCGAUAAAGAAGAUCAUGAAUGGAAAAUUAUUAAGAAGUUAAAACAGACCACUCCAGAAUUUUUGCUUUGUAUUGAAGAUUUAAAAGUCUUGGGUAAAAAAGACUUUAAAAUGAUCUUAAGAUGGAGAAAAGCAUCAAGAGAAUUAUUAGAUUUAGAUAAAGAUGAAGAAAAGGAAGCAAUUGAUGUCACUCCACUAAAUGAAGAAGAACAAAUUGAAAAAGAGUUGAAUGAUAUGCAAGAAAAGCAAAGAUUGAAACAAAAACGUGAAAAGAGAAAGAAGAAUGAAACUAAACAAAAAGAAAUUACCAGAAUGCAAAUGAAUAUGUUGACUCCAACUGAUAUUGGUAUCGAAGCUGCUGAAUUAGGUAGAGAAUCUUUAUUCAAUCUGAAGUCUGCAGAAAAGACUGGUAUCCUUGACAAGCUUGCAAAGGGUAAGAAAAGAAUGAUCUUUACAGAAGAUGAAUUAUCUAGGGAUAACGAUAUCCACAUCGAUGAAAAAAUAAUUAAAGACAAAAACAUUGCUGAUGAAGCUGACGAUUUAGAAGCAGAAUUAGAUGCCAUGUACGAUGAAUAUAAAGAAAGAAAGGGUGCAAGAGAUGCUAAAUUCAGAGCUAAACAAGCUCGUGGUGGUGACAACGAAGAGGAAUGGGAAGGUUUUUCUAAUAAAGCUGAUACAGAAGAAAAAGAAGAAGAGAAAGAUUACAUUGAAGAAGGAUCUGACAUUUCAGAUUCAGAUGAUGAUGAAGCCAUUAAUAACCUAAUAAGUAGAAUUAAGGGUCAAUCUGGUGAUAAAAAAUUAAGUAACAAAGCCAGAAUGCUUUUCAAUGAUCCAAUUUUUGACAAUGUCUCCGCUGACCUUACUUUAAGUACUAAGGGCGAAGUUGAUUCUGAAUCAGUUGGCGAUUUAUCUCAUGUUAACAAAAAGAGAAGACUUGAUACUAACAAAUCCAAAGAAACCGCGAAAGAAAGAGAAGCAGAAUCCGAAUCAGAUUCAGAUUCAGAUUCAGGUUCCGAUUCCGAUUCCGAUUUCGAGAUUGUUCCUAACACUACUCAAGAAGAGGAAUUCGAUUCAGACUAUGAUUCUGAAGAAGAAAAGAAACAAACUGUACAAGAAAAACACUCUAAGGAUAUAGACAUAGCGACUGUAGAGGCCAUGACUCUUGCACAUCAAUUGGCAUUAGGCCAAAGAACAAAACAUGAUUUAGUCAAUGAAGGUUUCAACAGAUAUUCUUUCAGAGACAGUGAUACCUUACCAGAUUGGUUUACUGAAGAUGAAAGACAACACUCUAAAAUUAACAGACCUAUUACCAAGGAAGCAGCUAUGGCCAUCAAAGAAAAGAUAAAAGCUUUGAAUGCUCGUCCAAUUAAGAAGGUUGCUGAAGCUAAAGCCAGAAAGAAGAUGCGUGCUGUUGCUCGUCUAGAAAGAAUUAAGAAGAAGGCUGGUUUGAUUAAUGAUAACAGCGAUAAAUCUGAAAAGGAUAAGGCCGAUGAAAUUGCCAAGUUGAUGCGUAAGGUUACUAAGAAACAAUCUAGUAAACCUAAGGUUACCUUGGUUGUUGCUAGCGGUAAAAACAAGGGUCUUGCUGGUAGACCAAAGGGUAUUAAAGGUAAAUAUAAGAUGGUUGAUGGUGUUAUGAAGAACGAACAAAGAGCUUUGAAACGUAUCGCCAAGAAGCAUCACAAGAAGAAGAAAUAA